CGUGUCGCCUCUAUUUUCACCUCUGGAGACGGCCACUAUACCCUCCCCUCCCUUCUAUAAACGUAGGAGAACAAAGUUUUGCUCUUUCGAGGAGCUAUGGCUCCCAUGGCGGUGGAGCCGUCGCUGAAGCCUAAGAAGGAGAGGCAGAGCGCUGUCAUCCUUGGCCGUUACGAACUGGGGAAACUCCUUGGCCAAGGCACGUUCGCCAAGGUUUUCUACGCGAAAAACUUGAAGACCGACGAAUCUGUCGCCAUUAAGGUCCUUGACAAGGAGCGCAUCUUAAAGAGCGGCCUUGCCGCUCACAUCAAGCGCGAGAUCGGAAUCCUCCGCCGUGUUCGCCACCCCAACAUUGUCCAUCUCUUCGAGGUCAUGGCCACCAAGACCAAGAUUUACUUUGUGAUGGAGUACGUCCGCGGAGGGGAGCUCUUCAGCAAAGUCGCUAAAGGCCGGCUAAAGGAGGACGCGGCCCGCCAAUACUUUCAGCAAUUGAUAUCGGCCGUUUGUUUCUGCCACGCCCGCGGCGUUUUCCAUCGGGAUCUCAAGCCGGAGAACCUACUACUUGACGAAAAGGGGGAUCUCAAAGUCUCUGAUUUUGGGCUCAGCGCGGUCUCCGAUCAGAUUCGGCAGGAUGGGCUCUUCCACACCUUUUGCGGUACUCCGGCGUACGUCGCGCCGGAGGUGCUCUCCAGGAAAGGGUACGACGCGGCUAGGGUUGAUAUCUGGUCCUCUGGGAUCAUUCUAUUCGUGCUUAUGGCUGGCUAUCUCCCUUUCCACGAUCAGAACGUCUUGGCGAUGUACCGCAAAAUCUAUAAAGGGGCAUUUCGAUGCCCUAGCUGGUUCUCCCCCGAUCUCAGCAAGCUUCUCUUUCGCCUUCUGGACACGAAUCCCCAGACGCGGAUCACCAUUCCUGAAAUCAUGGAGAAUCUGUGGUUCAAAAAAGGGUUUCGCCAUAUUCGAUUCUACAUCGAGAAUGACAAGCUCCACAGCAUCGAUGAAAUCGAUGAGUCGCCUCCUACAAAUGCCCCGGAGACUCCGUCAUCAGAGAAGCAUGAUGAGACGUCGGAUUCUGGCUGCGAUUCCGAUUGCUCCGCGGCCUCCUGCCCUGCCACAAUGUACAUCUCUAAGGGGCUGAUAAUGGGGCUUCCCAGACCAGCCAGCCUGAAUGCUUUCGACAUCAUAUCAUUCUCGCAAGGUUUUAAUCUUUCUGGAUUGUUUGAAGAGAGGGGGGAGGAGGCAAGGUUUGUAUCUGGUGAGCCCGUGCCUAUGAUUAUAUCAAAAUUGGAGGACAUUGCAAAGUUGGUGAGCUUCACAGUGAGGAAGAAAGACUUCCAGGUGAGCUUGGAAGGGACUAGGGAGGGAGAGAAGGGGCCAUUGACAAUAGCCGCAGAGAUAUUUGAGUUGACUUCUUCACUUGUGAUGGUGGAGGUGAAGAAGAAAGCAGGUGACAGAGGAGAGUAUGAGGAGUUCUAUAACAGGGAAUUAAAACCGGGAUUGCAGAGCCUAAUGUAUGUAUCUGAUCCCCCAAACAAUAUCGCCACUACUCCUGACUACAAGUGACACAUUUCAUUAUUUCCCUAUUGUUUGCACGAUUUUCCAUAAUAUUGCUGAUUUAUGCUUUAUAACAUCUUGGU